GAGCCUCGUUUUCUGGUCGCUUUGCCAUCAAACCAUUUCCAUUCAGGAUUUUCUUUCCCGCCUUUUCCGAAUAUAGUGCGUAAUCGAAGAACGCAACUGAUAAGGUGUCGGAAUCGAAGCAGAAGACCAGUUCGAUGGACUGUCUCUGCGCGAAACUGACGGAGAUGUCCAAAGCGUUCUCUUGCCUUCUAUUCCUGUCUCUGCUUCUGAACUGCUUCGGUGAAUUCCGAUCGGACGCUAAAGUUCUGCCCCAACAAGAAGUGCAAGCUCUUGAUGCGAUAUCAGAAAAGCUGCAGAUCAAACAUUUGAAUAUCAAUGAGAGUUUCUGCAGCAGCGGUAGAUUUCUGAAUGAGACGAUCCCUAGCAAGAUUGUGGUCAAUGUUACUUGCAACUGCAGCAGCACUCUUUGCCAUGUGACGAACAUUCAAUUGAAGGGCCAAAAUUUAACAGGAACUCUGCCACCAGAAUUUGUGAAUCUCAGUUUUCUUCAAGAAAUAGAUCUCUCUCGCAACUAUAUCAAUGGGUCAAUUCCGACAUUUUUUCCUCAGCUCCCGCUCACAAUUUUGUCCCUUUUGGGUAACCGCAUUAGUGGUCCAAUUCCUAAGGAAAUUGGGGAUAUUGCUACUCUUGAGGAGCUGAUCCUGGAGGAUAACCAGCUUGGAGGAACCCUUCCACCAAACCUUGGAAAUUUGAGCAGCUUAAGGAGGCUUCUCCUUUCUGCAAACAACUUUACGGGAACAAUUCCAGCCACAGUUGGCAACCUUACGAACUUGGAAGAUUUUAGGAUAGAUGGGAGUAGUCUAUCUGGGAAGAUACCAGAUCUGAUUGGAAAGUGGACAAAAAUUCGUAUACUGAACAUGCAAGGUACAUCUAUGGAUGGCCCCAUUCCUUCUGCCAUAUCUCAGCUGAAAAAUGUCGAAGAGUUGAGAGUCUCAGAUUUAAAGGGACCAGAUAUGCAGUUUCCUGAUCUUCAGCAGAUGAAGAAGCUGGUGUAUCUGAUACUUAGAAAUUGCCUAAUUACUGGCCCAAUCCCAGAUAACAUUGGUGAACUUCCUGCACUUAAAACUUUAGACCUGAGCUUUAAUAAGUUGACCGGUCAAAUCCCAGGAACAUUUGAGAGUUUGAAUCUGAACCAGAUGCUUCUGAGCAACAACUCACUAAGUGGAGCAGUACCCAAUUGGGCCAUGAAUGGCCAAAGAUAUAUCGAUCUAUCUUACAACAACUUUUCAGAGUCGCCCGUGUCAGGUUGCCAGUCAUCAAUGCUGAAUUUGGUUUCCAGCCAGUCAUAUGCAGAAAGCAACUCGAUUUCUUGGUGCUUCAAGAAGGAUCUUCCUUGCCCAACGACACCCCGACAAUAUUCCUUGUUUGUCAACUGCGGAGGCAGCAAAAUGAAUAUUGAUGGGAAUGAAUAUGAAGAGGAUUCAACCCAAGGGGGUCCAUCUUACUUCUUCUCUUCAGCAAACUGGGCUUACAGUAGCACAGGACUUUACAUGGGCAAUGAUAAAGCAAGUUAUAGAGCCGAUAACUCAUUUGCUUUGAAUAUAACUGGUGCAGACUUCUAUAGAACAGCUCGCCUUGCCCCUAAUUCACUGAAGUAUUAUGGGCUUUGCUUGCGUAAGGGCAGUUAUAAAGUGCGCCUCCAUUUUGCUGAAAUAAUGUAUUCCAAUGAUCAGACAUUUAGCAGUAUUGGGAAACGCAUUUUUGAUGUAUCAAUCCAAGGAAAUGUGGUUCUCAAAGAUUUCAAUAUCAUGGAGGAAGCUAAAGGUGUCGGCAGGGGCAUCACUAUGGACUUUAACGAUGUUUAUGUUAAUGGUAGCACUCUGGAGAUCCACCUCUACUGGUUAGGGAAAGGGACUACUGCAAUACCUGACAGAGGUGUAUAUGGACCUCUUAUAUCUGCAAUUUCAGUGACACCAAAUUUUGACCCUCAUACUGGUGGGUUAUCAGUUGGAGCAAUUGUUGGCAUCGUGGCUGCUUCAUGUGUGCUCCUCGCUUUCGUCCUGUUUGUACUCCGCAUGAAAGGUUACCUUGGUGGAAAGGACCCUGAAGAUAAAGAUCUUCAGGCUCUCAAAUUGCAAACGGGAUAUUUCACCUUGAGACAGAUGAAGGCUGCAACCGGUAACUUUGAUCCUGCAAACAAAAUUGGUGAAGGAGGAUUUGGGCCUGUUUACAAGGGAAUACUAUCAGAUGGUGCUGUAAUUGCUGUUAAGCAGCUCUCCUCCAAAUCGAGGCAAGGAAAUCGUGAAUUUGUCAAUGAAAUAGGCAUGAUAUCUGCAUUACAGCAUCCAAAUCUUGUUAAGCUUUAUGGAUGUUGUAUUGAAGGAAACCAGUUGCUGCUAAUAUAUGAAUACAUGGAAAACAAUUGUCUUGGCCGUGCACUCUUUGGUCGAGAGGAAGGCCGGAUAAAACUGGACUGGCCAACAAGAAAAAGGAUAUGCCUGGGAAUAGCGAGAGGGUUAGCUUAUCUUCACGAGGAAUCCAGAUUGAAAAUUGUUCAUAGAGACAUUAAGGCCACUAAUGUGCUGCUAGAUAAGGAUCUGAAUGCAAAGAUAUCAGAUUUUGGUUUGGCCAAGCUUGAUGAAGAGGAGAACACCCAUAUCAGCACUCGAAUUGCUGGAACAAUAGGAUAUAUGGCUCCUGAAUAUGCAAUGAGGGGUUAUUUGACAGACAAAGCAGAUGUUUACAGCUUUGGGGUGGUUGCACUAGAGCUUGUAAGUGGGAAGAGCAAUACAAAUUACAGGCCAAAGGAGGAGUUCGUUUACCUUCUUGAUUGGGCUUAUGUCCUACAAGAGCAGGGAAGCCUUUUAGAACUUGUGGAUCCAAGUCUUGGUUCAAACUACACUGAAACGGAGGUAAUGAACAUGUUAAACAUUGCUCUCUUGUGCACCAAUCCAUCUCCCACCCUCAGACCCUCCAUGUCUUUGGUGGCGAGCAUGCUUGAAGGGAAGAGCCGGAUACAGGCACCACUGAUUAAGCGACAAUCAGUUAACGAGGACUUGAGGUUUAAAUCUUUCGAGAGGCUAUCGCAGGACAGCCAGCCCGAAAUCUCUACAUUCUCACAGGACAGUCAGGUGCCGAGGAGCAUGUCAAUGGACGCACCGUGGUCUACUUCCUCAUCUUCUUUCCCAAGUAAGGAUGGCCCCGGGGAUCAUUCAUCAUCAAGCAAGCUGCGUCUACCUCCCAAUGAUGGCAAUGUUUAGAAUGAAUGUACUUAGAAUUCUGAUGCUUUCCCAACUACAAAUUUUCUUUCCUUUUCCAUUUCUUUCUCUUGUGUUGAUUUGUGUAAAGGGUAUUUGCGUUACAAUUUAGAGAGAAUAAAUGAUAAGAUAUAAGGAAAUUGGUUUGAAGUUUUGAUUCA